AUGGCCGAAGACGACGGCGGCUCCGGCCACAGCUUGAAGGACAAGAUCAAGAAUCCGUUCCAUAACAUGAAGCAGAGCUUGGAGGAGUCUCUCGACAACAACCAGCACCUGCGCGACGCCAAAAUCCAUCUGAGCCACAAGAAGCACCAGAUAGGAAAGUUUGCGAAUCUGUUCAACUCCCAACAUCGCCAUGACGAGGAACACGAGAAGCGCUGCGACGAAAAGCGCACCAAGGCGUGCGAGUCCCACCGCUUCGAAUCGUACUUUCCCGAACGCGACGGCAACCUGGUCAAGUGGUACGUCGACGGCCGCGACUACUUCUGGGCCGUGUCCGAGGCGCUCAACAACGCCCGCGAGACCAUCUACAUUGCCGACUGGUGGCUGUCGCCCGAGCUCUUCCUGCGGCGCCCGCCCUACUUCAACCAAGAGUGGCGCCUCGACCAGGUGCUCAAGCGGCGCGCCGAGGCGGGCGUCAAGAUUUACGUGAUUGUCUACCGCGAGGUCGAGGCCGCGCUGACCUGCAACUCGGAGCACACCAAGCACGCGCUGCAGGCGCUCUGCCCCGAGGGCACGCCCGGCUACGGCAACAUCCGCAUCAUGCGCCACCCGGACCACAACUUUUUCGAAAACGCGGCCGACAUGACCUUUUACUGGGCGCACCACGAGAAGUUCAUCGUCGUCGACUACGCCAUGGCCUUCUUUGGCGGGCUGGACAUGUGCUUUGGGCGCUGGGACAGCCACACGCACGCGCUGGCCGACGUGCACCCCGACGGCGUGAUCAACGAGACGUGGCCGGGCCAGGACUUUAACAACAACCGCGUCAUGGACUUCCAGAACGUGCAGGACUGGAAGGAGAACGAGCUCAGCAAGACGGAGAACGGCCGCAUGCCGUGGCACGACGUGUCCAUGGGCAUCGUGGGCCCGUGCGUCUACGACAUUGCCGAGCACUUUGUGCUGCGCUGGAACUUUAUCAAGCGCGACAAGUACAAGCGCGACGAGCGCUUCGACUGGCUCAUGCUGCAGGGCCGCGAGGGCGACGACGAGGACCUCGUGGGCGUGCAGCGGCCCAGCCACCCGGUCGGCGACUACGUGCUGCACCCGACGAAGCCGCUCGCGUCGAUUCCGCAGCUCGCGCCCGACCAGGGCACCGUGCGCGCGCAGGUGGUGCGGUCGGCGGCCGACUGGUCCAACGGCACGCUGACGGAGCACUCGAUCCAGAACGCGUACAGCGAGAUCAUCCGCAACGCCGAGCACUACGUGUACAUUGAGAACCAGUUCUUUAUCACGGCGACGGGCGCGAACCAGUCGCCGGUGCACAACACGAUUGGCGCCGCCAUCGUGGACGCCGUCGUGCGCAACGCGGAGCGCGGCAAGACGUUCAGGGUCAUUAUCCUGAUCCCGGCCGUGCCCGGCUUCGCGGGCGACCUGCGCGCCGACGCCGCCACGGGCACGCGCGCCAUCAUGAACUACCAGUACAAGAGCAUCUGCCGCGGGCCGGACUCCAUCUUUGAGCAGAUCCGCGCGCGCGGCGUGGACCCGACCAAGCACGUGUUUGUCUUCAACCUGCGCAGCUACGACCGGCUGGCCAAGACGGGCGCGAUCAAGAAGAUGGAGGCCGACUCGGGCGUGUCGUACCGCGACCUGCAGCGCGCCGAGGCCGAGGAAAUCAUGGGCGAGGGCAUCUACGGCACGGUCGACGUGGACGGCGGGCGCGACAAGCACAUGGGGCGGGCGCGCGAGCAGAAGAAGGCCGAGGAGACGAGCGACUUUUCCAGCGACAGCGUCAAGCCCGGCUACCUCGAGGCGGCCACGGACAAGAAGCGCCGGUUUGAGGCGGCGCACCCGAAUCGUGGAGAGGGCGGCGAAACCGGCGAAACCGGCGAAACCGGCGAAACCGGCGAGGGCGGCGAGGAGGUCAGUGACGGGCAGGGCGGCGUCAAGACGCGGGGCGAGGCCAAUCCGCGCUCCAAGGUCAAGCCGAGCGUGGCGCACCAUGCGAUGGCGGGCCAGGGCUCGCUGGUGGACGAGCCGUGGGAGGACGAUCCCAAGGACGAGGUGGAGAACUGGAUCCAGGAGGAGCUGUACAUCCACGCGAAGCUGCUGAUUGUGGACGACCGCUACGUGGUGUGCGGCAGCAGCAACCUCAACGACCGCAGCCAGCUGGGCACGCACGACAGCGAGCUGAGCGUCGUCAUGCAGGACACGCGCGUGCUGCCCUCGACCAUGGACGGCCAGCCGUACGAGGCCGGCUACCACGCGGCCACGCUGCGGCGCUACCUGUGGCGCGAGCACCUGGGCCUGCUGCCGCCGCAGGACGUCGACGGCAGCGACGACGCCAACGCGCAGCCGCCGUCGGCCGACGCGCCCAACGACGUGCACGACAAGAGCGCCGACGGCAGCGACGACGCGUCGUACGCGUUUGUCGCGGACCCGCUGAGCGACGCGCUGUGGACGCUGUGGACGGAGCAGGCCACGACCAACACGGAGACGUUCCGGCACCUGUUCCACGCGGACCCCGACGACCACGUGCUGACGUUCAAGGACUACGACCGCUUCAUGCCGUCCAAGGGCAUCGAGCCGGGCCACAUCUUUGACAUGUUCAUCCCGCCCGAGGACGUGCGCGAGAAGCUCAACAAGGUGCGCGGCCACCUGGUGUGGAUGCCGCUGGACUUUCUCAAGGACAGCCCGAUGGCCGAGACGGGGCUGCAGGUGAAUCAAUUUACGGAGAGUGUUUAUGCGUAG